UAGAAUGGUACAGCCCGACCGAGCUGCACAGGAAGUGGAAACGAGUUAAGAAGACAUCUCGGCGUUACAAUCAUCAAUUUAUGAUGCCUAUACAAAUAUGUACCUCAAUUCAAUGACUUUCGGCUAGCUUGUUGUUUUUCCAGUUUCCUGCCCUGUUUGGCUCUCAGAUACUGCAAAAGGUGGAAACGACAGCUAUAAAUUCAGCAUCACAGUCAUCCGUUAUAGUAAAGUGGCCAUUCAAUGCCUAACACAUCAGAAGGUCAAGGAGCAAACCUCUCUGGGCCAGCAGAACCGUCAGGGCUGCAGAGGCCUCCCGAUGGACAAGAGGAACACGGCCUGAUGACCUCCAUCAUCCGAGAUGCUGCCAGAGUAAGAAGGGCUUCCAGUGCUGAGCUGCACCUGCCCUGGACCUGCCCGGUCACACACUCCCGUGAGAAGUUCUACACAGUCUGCUCCGAUUAUGCUCUUCUCAACCAGGCUGCUUCUGUGUACCGACCCCCAAACACAGCCAUGGACCGGUUGACGGGUGAUGGCCCUUCGCUGCUGAAGCCCAAACCGUCUACUGACUUCAGUGCUGGCCAGUCUGGAGGGAGCCAUGCUGGAUCAGACGGGGACAAUGACAUGAUGGAGGUGUCCUGUUCCAACACUAAGCCUAUCUUGGCCUGGGAGAUUGAUACUACAGACUUCAAUGCUGUGCUCACAAGAAAAACAAGAACAAGCAAUGUGAAGAAAAGCAUGACCAAGAAAAUGAAAUCUUCGGACAGAUUCAGUCGUAAUCUGCAGGACGUCUCUCCUCAUGCCUCGCUGGAGGAGAUCCAACAGAGAAAAGUGCUCGACCUCAGAAGAUGGUACUGCAUCAGUCGGCCGCAGUACAAGACUUCAUGUGGGAUCUCGUCUCUGGUGUCCUGCUGGAAUUUCCUCUAUAGCACUCUGGGUGCAGGGAGCCUUCCACCAAUCUCUCAGGAGGAAGCUCUGCAAAUUCUGGGUUUUCAGCCGCCCUUUGAAGAAAUCAAGUUUGGUCCUUUCACCGGCAAUGCCACUCUGAUGCGGUGGUUCAGACAAAUCAACGACAAUUUCCGAGUGCGGGGCUGCUCCUACAUUCUGUACAAACCACAUGGAAAACACAAGACGGCAGGAGAGACAGCUGAAGGAGCGCUGAUGAAACUAACCCAGGGGCUAAAGGAUGAGUCCAUGGCCUACAUUUACCACUGCCAGAACCAUUACUUCUGCCCAGUGGGCUUUGAAGCGACGCCACUCAAAGCAGCAAAGGCAUACAGGGGCACUUUACCCACAAAUGAAAUGGAGUACUGGAUCCUGAUUGGUGAACCCAGUAGGAAACAUCCAGCUAUACACUGUAAAAAAUGGAUGGACAUUGUGACGGACCUGAACACACAAAACCCAGAAUACCUGGACAUCCGUCACACCGAGAGGGGCCUCCAACGUCGCAAAACCAAAAAGGUGGGGGGUAACCUGCACUGCAUCAUGGCGUUCCAGAGAGUUAACUGGCAGAAACUCGGCCCCUGGGCUCUGAACCUGGAGAACCUGCGACACGACUAUCACCACUCCGGCACAGAGCGGGCCCACGCCUCCGACGAAACAGAUGACAGGAUUUCAUCCAAGCGCCUGGCCAACGUGGGACGCUCGCACAGCAUGGGGAGCCAGAAAGACAGCAGCUGGAAACGUCAGUCCAACACGGCAGAGUACAGACAGAGGAGCUCACCUGACAGCGACCUGGAGGAAGACAUCACACACUGAACAGGUUUAACAGGACAGACAGAGGGAGGGUUCAAUAACAGACAUUACAGAGGUCUGCUGUUAUUCUUUAUUCAAGCAAACAAAUCCCGUGCAAAGAACCAAAACCAGUAAUGUCUGACUUUCUCGUCAUAUCUGAGGCAAUAAAGCUAUUUAUACAACUUUAACGUUUUACUUUUUAUACCUGCAACUCGUUUUCCAGCAGAUACACUGCACAAUAAGUGUUCAGAAGCAUUAGUAGUUCAAUAUUAGGCGUUUUCGGACCGCAGGAAGUUCUUCAUAGUUCUAAGAACCGUUGGACCGUUUUUUAUUCAUUCCGCACUGCUGGGACUAUGAAAUAUUUUAGUUCCUAGAAUGCCGUUAAGAGGAACCUUUUUUAGCUCCUUCUUCAGAGUAGGUACCAUGGCGGUGCGAAUGCAGACAGAAAAAAGAUACUCAGUAUGUGUAGUUCUCAAAGAACUCUUGCUCCGUGUCUGAUCGGGAAAUAAAGGAUCUAAAAUAAAAAACAUACAGUAAAAAGUAACGACGCAGUGUGGGUCAUACAGGGUCAUUGUCAACAGACAAUGUGUUGCCAUAGAGACAGGACAGAAGUGCAACGCUUUUCUUCUCAGUGAACAAGCGUUUCAUACAAACCAACUUACCAACUUUGUUCCCAAGCUAAAUGCUAAAUGCUAACUUCGCCUGCCUGGUGCUUGGUGCAAAACAGUUCUUGUACACUGUUUUCAGAGAUUUUUCAAUGACAAAAGACACCUUCAGCUUAGUAAAUAAUGAGACUAUAAGUGAACAAAAAAAAAACAUGAUCAUUAAAAAUAAAUAUGUAGUCAUUUAAAAAAAUGACUCAAAAAGCAGAGUGUUGUAAUUUUUAUAAAAUGUUACUCAGGAAGUUGUACGUCUUUAGGGACAAUAUGUCAAUGGGAGAUUAAAACUCAUUUGGUGUUCCAGAGACUUUCUAUAGUGGAUAGGACAACACAUGAGGGAUGAACUAGAGUUAGCUACAAUGCAAAAGUGAAUAGCUUCAAAGCCUCAUGGCAUCAGUGAAGUGCUUCUGCAGGUUCAGGCCAAAGUAAAGCUCUGUACUAGUACAGAAAAAGAUCUUACAUCAAGUUUCCAAUACACACAUACUUGCUGAAAGGAUCAUUCAUUGUUGGUUGUGGUCUUUCAUGGGAUUUGUGGAUGUAAGGAAAACAGAAUAUUGACAGAUUUGCACCUAAAUAUACAAAUCAUGUUUUAGAGACUAUCAGAUGGAGAAUUAACUCGUUUUUAGGACCAUGUUCUAGCUCUCAUUAGUUUGGCACCCAAUGGACAAUUAAAACAUGUGGAUAAGUCUGAUAUCUUGCAGUUAAUUUUUUUUUUGUUUUAGCUGACUAAAUUGACUUUGAACACUAGAAUCAAUCAGGGGCAACCAAAUGUGAGACAUAGUAUCCGGCUGCCAGAAUAGAAAGCUAACCCGUGGAGCUCUUUUAGUACUGAUGUGAUCACAGUUUCAGAAUGUUUCACAUCUGCAGCAGCCAUCUUUGUAGUUUUGGCCCUAAACCCUACUCAGUAUAAGAAGCACUUGUCUUUGGACCGACCUAAAGUAGGACAGAUGUAGAGUCUGUUUUCUUACAGAUUUCUUCUGACACUUUUUUGUGUUUUUUUUUUUGCAGUAAAAUACAUUAACAAUUUUAUAUCAGUAAACAUCUUUGUGACAGCAAGAUUGGUGUGCCAUCCAUUUGGAUAUCAAUCUACUAUUUCAUUUGUUGGAUACAGUGAAGCAGAACAAACAUGUAGCUGUGCAUGGAUAGUUGCUGUGUUUUUAACCUCAUGGCCGCUGCAUCGUAAGUUGUUCUUGUUAUUUUUCCCAACAAACAAUGGAUGAUGUGUUUUUCAGACGAGCACACUGAAGGGUUAUUUUCAUCUCAUUCCUCUACUCAUCACAAACAUUGCUCUUAUUUAUACUUCUACAACAAACCACCCGCAGCGAUCCUGUAAAAGUGCACUUUUUACUCACCCAGCGCUGUCUAAAAACCCAUUGGCUGUACAUUCUUUUCAAAGACGACACUCCUCCAUAUGUCAUCGUACAGGUGAACCCGCUUGUGUCAGUGAGGUUUGUUCAGUUCAGUGAAAACUCUGUCCAGUUUCAGUGUUGUGAAAGCAGCUGACAUUUCGUAGUGCUUUGUGAAACCUACAAUGAGACUGUUACAUAGAUGAUGAUCUCAGUUGUUUUUUAAAGAGCCGAGCUGUACAGAAGUGAAAGUGGAAUCCUUCAAUCCCUGAAAAUCAAUCAGAAUGUGAAACCUGAGAGAGUCGACACCUGCAUGGUUUAUUUUCAUGUUUCCAUUCAGCCGCACUUUGUUCUCGUCACGACACCUGCACGGUGCCAUUUGUCUUUUGAUCCAACAUGUUAGUCAUGUUUGUGAUUUGAUGUAGUUGUUUAUUUAUUUCAUUUUACAAUAAAUUCAGAUUUAUAUGAA